UUCUGCGACUCCUCACAUGUUCACAACACCGCCGCAGUGAAGUCAGAGACGGUUUAUAGAGGAUCUUUGGAGAAGUGCACAACGGGACCAGUUUCUGAUAAGUAAUAAGUGGUUUUCUGGUCUUUCAUUCUUAAAGAACAGCUGUUCCUCUCCUGUCUUCCUCCGUCAGAAAUGAGUGACAGCAGCGACGACGACGUCCCGACGCUGUCGGCUCACACUCUGGCCGCCCUGCAGGAGUUUUACAAUGAGACCAGCGAACCCAGCACUACACCAUCAGACCAGUUCGCUGUGGGAGCAGUGGAGGAAGACUGGCGGAUGAGUCAGUUCUGGUACAGUGACGAGACAGCAGCUCAGUUAGCUGAGGAGGUCGUACGUGAAGCUGGAGAGGGAGGCAGGAUAGCGUGUGUGAGCGCGCCCAGCGUGUACCAGAAGUUGAAGCAGGGUGUGGUUGAAGGCUCGGACCGGGUGUCCGCCGUCGUGUUGGAGUACGACCGCCGCUUCGCCAUCUACGGCGACGACUUCAUCUUCUACGACUACAAUGAGCCGUUGUCUCUUGUGGCCAACGUGGCUCCUCAGAGCUUCGACGUCGUCUUGGCCGACCCACCGUACCUGUCCGAGGAGUGUCUGAGCAAAGUGGCCGAAACCAUCAAGUACCUGAGCAAAGGCAAAGUGCUGCUGUGUACAGGAGCCAUCAUGGAGAAACUCGCCAAAGACCUUCUGGAUGUAAAAAUGUGCAGCUUCCUGCCAAAACACAACAGAAGCUUGAACAAUGAGUUCCGCUGUUUUGUCAACUAUCCGUCUCGCCUGCUGUCCUGAACCUCCGGAGGUCUGAUGAACACUUUGACUGUUGAGAGCAGAAAGAGCCUGAUAGAGGGAGGACAUCACGCCGAUGUUCUCCAGCACAGUGCUAUUAGUUCUGUGGUCCUCUACUGGUGAAGAAUGAAGGGAUGCGUUAACAAUGCAGUGAAGGUGGACAUUUUCAGAGUUUGUUUUGGUUAACAAUUUUAUAACUAUUAUAUAUAAUAAUUGGGCUUGUGAAACAAAAUCUCAUGAGUCAAAAACAUUGGGGAUUACACGGAGAGCAAUGCUCUCUUUGGCAGGAACGCCCUGAUCUCAUUCACACCCGGAAGCUGCCACAGUCUGAUCUGCUGGCCACUGAGCAGCUCCACUGGAGCGGUAGGGGUUAAGGGCCUUGCUCAACGGCACCUCAGUGGUGGUAAUGAGAGAGGGGCACGCACUGUCGUUUUACUUUCCCCACCUAGAUUUAUCCUGGCAACAACCUUCCGUUCACAAGCUCGCUUUUCUAACCCUUAGGCCACCACUCCCCAUACACAUAGGCUUGUUAACCCAUGGAAAAUUGAUUGACAUUCAUUUCGGUUAAUAGUUUGUUGGUAAUCAAUCAAAAAAACAUUAAAUAUUUAUGCAAUCUGGAAUAUUUGUUGUUUUGAUGACAAGUUAUUAUUAAAGUGGGUCAGAAUGAAUGAACUUGCAGUUGUAUUUCAACAUCAGUAGGUGGCAGCAUUGAUCAGGUCAUUGAUUAAUAAUGAGGCAUUUUAUUCCAUUGGUCAAUAUUUGUUUGAGUUAACUUUGUUGGUCCAACCAAAUUACAAAUAAACACACUCAAUUAUUUCUCUAUCCAUGCUGAUAGUUGUGGUUUUAUUUGUCCAGGUUUUGAGAUAUCCGUCUCUGAGAUUUCUGCCUCCACCCCGAUACGAUGAAGGAAAGUUUUUGUGGUGCAGAAAUCUCAGAUACAUUUCUCAAAACCUGAGCAUAAAAACUCAAACCAUCUGCAUUACUAGAUACAAGAAGUAAGUCAAAUAUGUUUUCUGACAUUGGGCUGAACCAACCUUUCAAAUGUCAUAGUGAACUUCAGAGUUUCAUCUAGUCUUCUCUGGAUUUUUAGGCAUAUUCUCUUCAGUCCAGCCAAUACAAUCACUUUGAAUUUUGUAUCCUUAAACAACAGUAGUCAAGACAUCACCAAGUUUGGGUCCAAAGGAUGUCAUAACCAAGCCAAGAAUGUAAGCAGGCCAAAUAAGUCUUAUUUGAGAGCAAACCAGACAACAAACUACGUCCUUAUUUGCUUCCAGAUGAAAAACCCUUCCCAAAGAUGAACAGAGAUGUUAAUCAGUACCUCUGUACUAAACCCUUCAUCAUGCAAAUAUAUAAUGUGUUCUUGAUUAGGGACACUAACGGGGGAUUCUACUUCAACAGGUAUAUUCACUUCAAUUGA